AUGAUGACUAUGGUGUUUGCCGUGGAGGAAAUUAACAAUAAUUCAAGCUUGUUGCCGGGUGUUAAACUAGGCUACAGGAUCUUGGACAGUUGCGACAAUGUACACACCAGUCUGCAAGCUCUUUUCUCUUUAGUUGGGCACUCCAAAGAGAUGCUCAGUGACAUUGAGAGAAUGUAUGAUGCAAAAUCUGAAACAUCCUCGUGUAUGGCUGAUUCUCCUGUGCCGGUUGUGAUAGGCCUGGCAUCCUCUUCUCCUACAAGAGCUGUGGCUCAAACUCUUGGCCCUUUCAAUAUACCACUGGUGAGUUAUUUUGCCACUUGUACCUGUCUCACUGACAAACACAUGUACCCGUCAUUCUUGCGCACUGUCCCAAAUGAUCUCUUUCAAGUUAGAGGUCUUGUUCAGCUCGUCACCUUCUUCAGUUGGCUCUGGGUGGGCACAAUAGGGACCCCGGAUGACUACAGUCAAUAUGGUAUCCAGGCUUUUUCUACUCAGUUUAAACAACAAGGUGGGUGUUUGGCAUUUCAUUUGACCAUCCCCAAAUCACCCACAACUGCUGAGAUUCAAGAAUUUGCAGACACACUGCAGAGCUCAACCACACAGGUAGUGGUGGUCUUUGCAACUGAGGGACAGUUGGUGGAUUUGUUCUUAGAAGGCACACUCGGGUUCUCCUUUCCUGGAGUCAGGAUCCCUGACUUGAAGGAAUUCCUGUUAAAUGUCCACCCCUCUCCCAAGCCCGGGAUGGAAUUGGUCAACAUGUUCUGGGAAGAGUUGUUUGGCUGCAGGCUAGAGUUUAGAGAUGACAGAUCUAAAGACAAUGUCGCAGACACACCUAUAUGCAGUGGGUCAGAGGAUCUGAGGUACACUGAAAGCAGUUACACUGAUGUUUCUCAGGUCAGAAUAUCUUAUAAUGUGUAUAAAGCUGUAUAUGCCAUUGCCCAUGCUCUGCACACAUUAUUGAACUGCGAUUCUGAAGGAAAGAAACAGGGAAUGUGUGAGAAACAUAUAUUCUUUACUUCAAAGCAGUUGCUUCAUCAUCUGCAGACAGUGAAUUUCACCAACCAGUUUGAGGAAAAAGUUUAUUUUGACUCCAAUGGAGAGCCGGUCCCUCUCUACGACAUCAUAAACUGGCAGAAAGACAGCACAGGUGAAAUCAGAUUUGUCAAGGUGGGAAGCUAUGAUGGUUCAGCUCCUUUGAGACAACAGUUGCAGCUUGAGCAGUUCACGAUUGUAUGGACAAAAGGACAAUCACAGGUGCCUAUAUCUCAGUGUAGUGCUCCAUGUAGACCAGGCAGCAGGCAGGCCAGACGGGCAGGGGAGCCCCACUGCUGCUUUGAUUGUUUGCCGUGUGCAGAAGGAGAGUUCAGCAACCAAACUGGUUCCACUGAGUGCACUAAAUGUCCAGAGUACCACUGGUCUGACAAAGACAAGGUCAAAUGUGUGGCUGGGGUGGAAGAUUUCCUGUCUUUUAAUGACACCAUGGGCAUCAUCCUGGUCGCACUCACACUUCUGGGUGUUGUCUCAACCACCAUCAUCACCACUGUCUUUCACCAAUUUCGUUGCACACCAAUCGUCAAGGCCAACAACUCGGAGAUAAGUUUCUUGCUUCUCGGGUCACUCAAGCUCUGCUUCUUGUGUUCUCUGGUGUUCAUUGGCCAGCCGUCUGUAUGGACAUGUAGGCUACGCCAGGCAGCAUUUGGCAUCAGCUUUGUCCUCUGUCUGUCCUGCCUCUUUGUUAAGACCAUUGUGGUUCUCUUGGCCUUCCGUGCUAAUCUACCUGGUUCCAGGGCUCUGAAACAGUUUGGUCCCUCUCAACAGAGGACGCUGAUCCUCUGCACCACAACUCCUCAGGUUUGUCUCUGUGCUGGCUGGCUCUUGUGUGCACCUCCCUUCCCAUUCAGAAACCCAACAUAUCAAGCUGCAACUGGUAAAAUUGUGUUGGAGUGUAAGGAACCAUGGCCCCCAGGAUUUUAUCUCGUCCUUGGCUACAUCGGACUACUGGCCUUCCUCUGCCUCCUCUUGGCAUACCUUGGACGCAAACUGCCAGAUACCUUCAAUGAGGCAAAGCUCAUCACUUUUAGCAUGCUUAUCUUCUGGGCUGUGUGGAUCUCUUUCAUCCCAGCUUAUGUCAGCUCUCCUGGGAAGUUCACUGUUGCUGUUGAAGUAUUUGCUAUAUUAGCCUCCAGUUUUGGACUGUUGUUAUGUAUAUUUGUGCCUAAAUGUUACAUCAUUUUACUGAUGCCUGAAAAAAACAUCAAGAAAGGCAUUAUAGGAAGAUAUAAAAGAUGAACUGGGCAUUAAGGUUGUAUCUGGUUAUUUGAAUCAAUAUGUUAAAAUGUGAAAUAAAAUGGA